AUGACCAUUAAUCUUGGCCGGAGGUUCGAGUCGACCCCUCGAGUGUUUAAUGUGUAUAAUACUGUAGGAACCAUCCUGCAUGCCAACAUUCUUCACCAGUACCUGGAGCACCAGUACCUGGAGCCCCAGUACCUGGAGCACCAGUACCUGGAGCCCCAGUACCUGGAGCACCAGUACCUGGAGCCCCAGUACCUGGAGCACCAGUACCUGGAGCACCAGUACCUGGAGCACCAGUACCUGGAGCCCCAGUACCUGGAGCACCAGUACCUGGAGCACCAGUACCUGGAGCCCCAGUACCUGGAGCCCCAGUACCUGGAGCACCAGUACCUGGAGCACCAGUACCUGGAGCCCCAGUACCUGGAGCACCAGUACCUGGAGCCCCAGUACCUGGAGCCCCAGUACCUGGAGCACCAGUACCUGGAGCACCAGUACCUGGAGCACCAGUACCUGGAGCCCCAGUACCUGGAGCACCAGUACCUGGAGCACCAGUACCUGGAGCCCCAGUACCUGGAGCACCAGUACCUGGAGCACCAGUACCUGGAGCCCCAGUACCUGGAGCACCAGUACCUGGAGCACCAGUACCUGGAGCCCCAGUACCUGGAGCACCAGUACCUGGAGCACCAGUACCUGGAGCACCAGUACCUGGAGCCCCAGUACCUGGAGCACCAGUACCUGGAGCACCAGUACCUGGAGCACCAGUACCUGGAGCACCAGUACCUGGAGCCCCAGUACCUGGAGCACCAGUACCUGGAGCACCAGUACCUGGAGCCCCAGUACCUGGAGCCCCAGUACCUGGAGCCCCAGUACCUGGAGCACCAGUACCUGGAGCCCCAGUACCUGGAGCACCAGUACCUGGAGCCCCAGUACCUGGAGCCCCAGUACCUGGAGCCCCAGUACCUGGAGCCCCAGUACCUGGAGCACCAGUACCUGGAGCACCAGUACCUGGAGCCCCAGUACCUGGAGCCCCAGUACCUGGAGCCCCAGUACCUGGAGCACCAGUACCUGGAGCACCAGUACCUGGAGCACCAGUACCUGGAGCCCCAGUACCUGGAGCACCAGUACCUGGAGCACCAGUACCUGGAGCACCAGUACCUGGAGCACCAGUACCUGGAGCACCAGUACCUGGAGCACCAGUACCUGGAGCACCAGUACCUGGAGCCCCAGUACCUGGAGCCCCAGUACCUGGAGCCCCAGUACCUGGAGCACCAGUACCUGGAGCACCAGUACCUGGAGCACCAGUACCUGGAGCCCCAGUACCUGGAGCACCAGUACCUGGAGCACCAGUACCUGGAGCCCCAGUACCUGGAGCACCAGUACCUGGAGCACCAGUACCUGGAGCACCAGUACCUGGAGCACCAGUAA